CGGCCUCCCAAAGUGCUGGGAUUACAGGCGUGAGCCACCGCGCCCGGCCGUGAGUUUAUUUUUGCUAAUUUAAUCUUAAAGCACUGUGAUGGUUCUCAUCUCUAGGUUGAACGUUGCAUUACCUGGGAGGGUUGGCUGCUUUUCAGCCUUAGCUGCAUAAGGAUAAAGGACAUCGUCAGGCCUGGGAUCGUGUGUGUGUAUCCGGCUGGGAGCCAGCUGGCUCUUGUGUAGGCCAGGGCUGGAGCCAUCUGGCUGGAGCUGGUGGCUGGCCCAGAGGGUGUGGGUGGACAGCUGUUAAGCCCUGCAGGGGAGGAGGAGGGCACUGUCACGUGGGCCAAGAAGGCUGCUGGAGAGCAGCUGUCCCUGGACGCUCCUUGUGAGAGGGGAGCCCCGGAGGGUCCCAACCUGUUUUGUGGUACCAGUGGCAGGGCCUGUGGUGGCGGUCAGUCACUGACCCACAGCUCUGCCCUCCUGCACGUGGGGGCCCGUGCUAGGCCUUGUGGUCUGCCUGCUCCUGACGAGUGAGAAUGGCUGGGGUGGGGGUCCCUGUCUGCACAUGGGGUGGUCCUGGUAGACCAGAAUGUGGGUGUGGCUCCCCCUUCCCUGUGGUUCUGGGGACCUCGAGGACAUGGCCAGUCCAGGGCAAGGGACCUGCCAUCCGUGUGGGGUCAGGAACUGCUGGUUGGUCUCUGCUGGGCAGGCAACCUGGGGUCCAGCUCAAAUCGUUGAAAUCUGGAAGUCCUUCCUCUCGCCCCGUCCUGAGGAGCAGCUGCUGGAGCUUCCUGAGUGUUUUCAUUCAGACUUGUGGAGGAGUUUCCUUUGAUCUUCCGUGGAGACAUGGAAGCAUGAGGGAGCCUUCAACAUCUACUCUGAAGACGAAGAGAGAGCUGCAGCUUUUUGGAGUUUGUAAAGUCAGCCCGGUCCUGUACAGAUGUGGACACCAAGGAAGUUUGUAAAGUCAGCCCGGUCCUGUACAGAUGUGGACACCGAGGCCGAGGACGUUUGUAAAGUCAGCCCGGUCCUGUACAGAUGUGGACACCGAGGCCGAGGAAGUUUGUAAAACCAGCGCGGUCCUGUACAGAUGUGGACACCGAGGCCGAGGAAGUUUGUAAAACCAGCCCGGUCCUGUACAGAUGUGGACACCGAGGCCGAGGAAGUUUGUAAAACCAGCCCGGUCCUGUACAGAUGUGGAAACAGGCCUAGGAAGGAAGCACUUCUCUGACCUCAGCUGGGUGGGCAUUGAGGGGUCACACAGAAAAGAAUGUAUCAGGCCGUGUUCAGGGGAGGCUUCCUGCAGGGCCCCUGGAAAGUUCCAGAGCACUUGCGUUGUCCAUGUGUGUCUCCUCUUUCUUGCCUGUGUGGGGUUUUCUCAGAUGCUUUGAGGCCAAGCUACAGUUGUGCGUCACUUAACGGUGGGGACACGUUCUGAGAAACACCUCCUUAGGCGAUGUUGUCUUGCAGAUAUUAGAGUGCAUUUACCCAAGGCUGGCAGGCAAGGCCUCCUGCACCCCCAGGCUGUGUGCCAGAGCCUGGGGCUCCUGGGCUGCAGACCCGCACAGCCUGUCACAGCAUUUAAUCACAUCCAAACACAGAAAAAGCAAAAACGUAAAGAUGCAGUGUUACAAUCCUAGGGGACUCCUGUCACCUGUGUGGUCUGUUCUUGACUGUUGUGUGAAUCACUGACUUUUCCCCCUGGGAAACUACCUUAACCUGUCUUCAACGGAGAUUUUUUCAGCCCACAAAGGUGAGUUGUGCCUCGGAGGCUGCUCUUGUCCUGAGGUGUCUUCACCACGGCCUGUCAGGCUGCAAACCAGAGUGCCUGCCCCAGACGGCAGCAGAAGUGACAGCAGCCAAGGAUGGGGACCCAGCGAGACCCCUCAGCCCAGGAGGAGUGAGGCCGGGCCAGCAGCGGGGGCCCGGGAAGCCCCACGUCUUGGGACCUGCUGGGGCAGGGCCCCCUGGAUGUCAGGCUGCAGGUCCGGCAGCUGGGGCGGGCAUGAGGGCCUCCUGCCAGCUCUGCCCAUCAGCCAGCUCCCUGGGAGAGGCAGCACUUGCUGGCCACAGAGUUGGCCCCAGUCUCACCUGGCUCCCCUCCCCCACCAGCUGGGCCCUGCACCGCCCACACAGCGCCCCACCCCUCCUUGACAGAACAGUAUCUCGGACUGACAAGUUAAUCCAAGACCCACAUCAGCCCUGGAUCCCCUGGGAGAGGUGGCUACUCAGUUCCAGGGCCAGGUUAAUUGAAGUGCUAGGGAGUGGGGAGGAGGGGGCAGGGCUGGGAUUGCGUGGCCUCCUUCCCUCUCCUGCUCCCUCCCUCAGCUUGGAGGAGCCAACUUCAAAAGCCUCCGCCUGGCCUGCCCCUCUGCAGUCCUCCAGGCAGCCUGUCCAGGGAAGCUGUCGGCUGGUGGUGGACCUGGUGCGGUGGUGCACACCCCAUCCGAGGACCCCAGGAUCAUGUGUGUGGCCUGCUGGCGGGAGUGAGGGAGGGCAAGACGCUGAAAGGCCCAUGGUGAGCAGCUGUGGGCCUCCUCUAGGGAGGGGCUCACGUGGGUGGAGGGGCUCACGUGGGUGGAGGGGCUCACGUGGGUGGAGGGGCUGGGGAUACACACAGCUCAGGAGACACUGCUUGUUCCCCUGAGUCCCACCGGGAAAUCUCCGGUUGGUUCUGGUCACUGUGUCACUGUGGGUGGCAGUGGGUGCAUGUGCCCUGGCUUCUGGUAGUUGGGCGAGGGGGGCUCCCGGGUGCCGGGCCACCCUGUUCUAAGCUGGGCUGAGGCUUGAGCCAGGAAGUGGUACUAACAGGCCAGGUGGGACUCCCAGGGCAGCCUGUCUGCCCCACCUGGGUAGGACACAGCAGGUGCUGGACAUCCUUGCAGCUCCAGCUGGCCUGCUUAAGAGUCAGGCGCUGGUUUUCGCUAUGACCUCUGACCCAGAGCAGGCAGAGGGGAUGACGUGGCAAUUCUGAGCCCACCAAGUUGGCCGUGAUGUGUGUGGUUGGGGGGGCCAGGUUCAAGAAGGGGGCCGUAGCAAGCCGUCUGCUCUUCCAGCCAUUGCUGCUUUGUGCUCUGAGCAGGAGCUGCCACCCCCACCAGGCCCCCAGCUCUAGGCGAGGGUUGGGGUGCUGCUUGGUCAGGCUCCCCUGCCAGGGCUGGGAAGCCGAGUCGAGUCCUGUUAUCUCGGUCGGGUUCGCCUGAUUAAUUUUCCAGCCCUAGAGCUGCUGUCUGACUCCAUGCGGGGGCCCAGGGGAAGGUUUGGGGCUGGCCCCUUUUGAGUGGCUGGGAACCUGCGGGCCAUCAGCUGUCUCCUUGAUGUUUGGGCUUUUUCCCUGUGGGAGCAGGCCCUCCACUUUGGGUUGGCGGAGGCCCGUGGCAUAGGCUGCCUGGAGCGACGGCGUGUGGCGGCUGGUACAGGCAGAGGGGGCUUUUGCAACUGUUGGUUGGGGCUGGAUGUGGUGGCUGCUUCUUCCUCUGUGGCUUCUGGGAUUCCCCCCAGCUUUCCCCUUCCAAUAGGGUGCAGCUUGGAGCUCUGAGCCCCUGCCCCAGUUGGGUCGGAGGUACAAGGAGUUCUCCAGUCCCCAUGUCUCUGUGAGCUAACCCAGAGGGCGCCAGUGUGGGAGGUGUGGAGUUGAAUGGGCGUGGCCAUGGGUGGGACAGCCUGUACUGGGACAACUUCCUACUGUACCCCCAAAAGCCUGCAGACCAGCCCCACUCGAGCUGUGCACGGCCAGGUGGGCCUACAUGGACCUCCUACAUGGACCACAGAGCCAGGCUCUCCUGCCUCUGGCCCUGCCCCCUCAGUCUCCUGCUGGGCUCUUCAGGGCUCAGUGACAUGGCCUCCCAACCCACAUCACUCACCCCUUGCACAUCUUUGCAGGGAGCAUAGAGCUGUCUGGUUUGCAGACUUAUCUGUUGUCUCUCCUGAUUUAUCCCGCCAGGCCUGUGCCUACAGCCUUCCUUGGUUGGUGACACGUCCAUUUCAUAAGGCUCAGAGAUCCCGUGGGGUGGGGCUUCUACGGAGACAAAGUGCAGGCGGGCUGGCUGCUCCCUGUGCUGGGAACCCCCGCCCCCAGGCCUAACCCCAACCUGCUGUCUCCUCCAGGUAUCCCCCAAGCCUGCACUCUGGGCGCUCCUGUUGGCGCUGCUGGGGACCGCGCCAAGCCGCGCCCAUUCCCCGGCCUGCAGCGUCCCCGACGUGCUUCGCCACUAUCGCGCCAUCAUCUUCGAGGAUCUGCAGGCUGCCGUGAAGUGGGGCGGGGCGGGGGCCGAAGAGACCAGGCCAGGCUCCAGACACUUUCAUUUCAUACAGAAAAACCUGACUAGACCCGGGAGCUCGGGACGGCGGGGACGGCCUCGGGCCUCCUGUGGCGCCCAGAAGGUAUGGAGGAGGCGCCCCUACCCAAGUUCGCCGGUCUGCUCCUCUCUCUGUCUCCCCCCACCCCCACCCCCACCCCGCCUUCCUCCCUUCCCUCCCCAGGAGCACAGUAUCCUCCUGUCCAUCUCAUCCCUGGGUCGGACCCUGCGCGGGGCGGUGGCCGGGAGCCGCCGCGGUGCCCUGGAGAGAGCUGCGUGGACCGUGGCUGUGCGCACCGAGGCGGUGAUGCGGCGCCACUGCAGGACGCUGCCCCAGCGGAGCCGGCGGCCCGAGGUGCGCCCUGCCCGGCGUCGCGGCGGCCGAAGGCAGCUCCUGCUGCGCGCCCUGGACGCCGUCGCCACCUGCUGGGAGAAGCUCUUCGCGCUGCACGUCCCGGCCUCCAGGGGCUCCUAGCGCGGCCCGGCCUGGCUCUGCCUCCGGCCCUGCGCGGGGAGGAGAACCGGCGGGGCCGCGGCAGAGCCUGGAGACGCGCCUCGUUUUGUCGACUUGUUGGUGACCUCGGCUCCUCGCUCGACGCAGCCCGCGCUCCCCGCAGGGCCCAGGACUUGGAGAAGGGAGCGCGCCCGGCCGCCGCUGGGUCUCGGAGGAGGCCCGCCCUCCACGCGCCGAAGGCCUCAAUAAACGGAGCUGGCGCUGCGGGUCCGGCACUCCCUUCGUCUGCCUGUCUGUGGGCCUGGGACCGCCCCGGGAUCUGCGCUUCGAUGGCGGGAGGGCGGUGGAGGGGGAAUGCGGGGACCGGCACCUCCUGUGGCACCUGGACGGGGCGGAGCCGCCGCUCCCAGCCUCGGGCAGCAGAGGGCGGGCGCGGGACGCUGGGCGCGCUCCGGCUCGGUCAGCUGCUCCCGGCUGGGCGGAGGGGAGAGCGGGGGACUCCUGGGGCCCCUAAAACGUCACGUAUCCAUCCUGCUCCACUUUGGACCGGGGCCGGGGGUGGAAAUUGAGGGGAGGGGAAGGCUGGACUUGGUGGAUUCGGAGCAAAACAACCGGAUAAAGGAAACGGGCCCGAAGGGAAGCGGGAGCUGCGGGCCCUGGCUGUGAGCUUGGCCAGGCUAUUUCCUGCUGCCUCAGGAGGGGUGGCCACGGCCUGGGCUCAGAGACUGCCCAGCCUCCUCUGUAGGACUGGCCAGGCUGGGGCCUGCUUUCUGGCCCCUGGCACCCUGCAUUUGCUGGGGGACUGACCCCUGGUUCCCUCAUCUGAUGCACGGGUCUGGGAGUCUGUCACCCCCUCCCUGAUCUCGGCCCAUGGAGGAGCACAGGAGGUAAAGUCCCUGACACCUGUCCCCUCCCCUUCCCUGAGAGGCAGCGAGCAGGCUGUGCCUCUGGCAUUCUUUGGGAUCAGGGGCAGCAGAAGAAAGAAGUAACCUCUCAAGCUAACCCUGACCCAACUCCACACUCUGUGUUAAUGUAUUUAGUCUGUACAACAAGAGCUACUGUCUGUUUUAUAGAUGGGGAAACUGAAGCACGAGGAGGCUGUGAGACUUGCCCCAAAUCACAGCCAGCAGUGUAAGAGCUGGCCUCAGACCCAGGCCCAGGGCAUGGGCUCUGCCAUACGUCCCCUGCCUGGAGGCUGGGGACCAAGCUUCCUGGACUUCAGAGCCUGGGACUCACCUGCAGAGUUAGCACUUCUGACAGAGUCCCUGGCCAUGCUCUGAGCACAAGCACCCAGCAAGCGUUCCCAGGCCUAGUUCUGCAUUGCCUGCUCCAUGGGGGCCAGCGUGGGCAAGUGUGGGAGGGACGAAGGGGAGAGGCAGGGUGCAGGAGCCCCAGCUGGAGCCAAAGCACUUGAGGGAGGCACCCGGACUUAUCCCUAGGCAGCGGAAGGUCUCUGGUGAAAGAGGGAUGUUAGAAUUGGGAAUCUAGAAAGAUCCCUGCGGCUUGUGUGGAGGGCUGGUGAGGAUGAAAGGGUGAAGAGAGGUCCAGGCUGCCCAGGGUCCUGGCUGGAGUACGUGGGUGGGUCUUUGGGGAACCUGAACAUGGGAAGCACUAAAGGGGGAGUGGGUCUGUUUGAGGUCCCUGAGGGAGCUAGGGAACUGUGGGCGACUUAUGCUGGGGUGUGGAGCAUAAGGUAUGGACAGCAGAGCGUGGCUGGGAGGCAGCUGAUUUGGGUCCCGGAGAAAGAAAAGAAUCCAGGGUUCUGGGCUGGGCUCAGGGACAGGAUGGGGAUAGGCCCUCCAUGAAGGCUCCCACUGUCACACUGCCCCAGGGGCAGCUGACUUCUUGCGCUUAGACCUGCCCCAACCCCUGGGCCAUGGGGAGGGCACUCCUCUCCUGUCCAUGCAUGACCUCCUGGGCUGUUCCAUGGCUCCUGCCCACCCACAGUGCUCCCGUUCCGCUGUUCAGAGCAAUCAGAGGCUGGGGAUGUGGGUGGGCAACAGAACAGCUCCCUCUACCCUGACUGAGAAAAGUUCAAACAAACCACAGCCUCUUGGGGGCAGGAGGAGGAACAGAGGCCUCAGGGUUUUGGGGACACAUGUCCGUGCCUAGUCCUGGACCACAACCACAUGGAUGGGUGAGAAGCCCUGUGUCCUGGCCCAUGGCUCCUCCCCUCAUGCAGAAUGGGAGCCAGGUGGACUUUGGGCUUCUGGGACAAAGUUCACUUGUCCAGGGUGGCGACAGCCCAACCAGACUAGGUGUAGGGGCAUGUGUGGAGCUACAGGAAGAGGCCCAGAGCUACCGAGAGCCACAGAGACUAGGAGAGAAGCCUGCUCAGACCUGAGAGGCUCAGGUCCUCUUUGGGUUCAGUGCUGGGACCGUAGCCCCUCUGUAGCUCCAUGAGGAUAGAGGCAUGUCUCCCUCAGUGUGGUACACCAGCACCUGGCCCAGGCUAGCACAUGAGCUGCUCAACAAAUGUUUGUUGCCUGGACCUGACCAGAAUCAACCCAGAGAUGGAAAGAGACUCACUGGCCCCACGGCCGAUAGGGACAGAGCCAUUGGCCAUGGAACCACUGAGGGCAGAUCCCAUGGACUGGCCCUGUAUGUCCAUAGACCGACUGGUGGUGCCUUCCCUGCAGAGGCCCAGGGCAGGUGGCCUGAGCCUGGUUCUUUGUAAAAUACUGUUUCUGGGUUGGAGCUGCACACAGUACUGUCCUGUCCCACCCUCAUGCCUUCUCAGGGCUUGGCUGCUCCAGGGAGGUGGGGGCUGUGCCAGGGUAACAGAUGGGGCCUGCAGGGCACUGGCUGGGGUUGUGCAACUUCCCACAGCUCAGGAGUCAGACCCCUCCAUGUGCAGCGCUGGGAAGAGGGGGCCAGGCAGGCUUUGAAGGGGGCCUGGGUCCCGAGGCCUCCCCAGACUGGGCGCCUUUGAAAGAACAUCUGGAACUCGGGCAACUGGCUAGUCUCUGGAUUUGCAAAACCAAAAGUUAAUCCUGACUUUUCCUCUUGUGUGUUCCCCACCCCUGCCCCCAAGCUCCUCUCUCUCCCCA